UACAAGUCUGUGUCAAGGUAUUGUUAACUAGUUGAGCUAAUCUGUAAUCAUACACGGUCCUAAUAAUAAGAUGUUGAUAGAGCUACUUCCUGGUCUAGAAAGAGAAAAUACUCAAUGGGAUUGAGCUGGCCAGAUUUUUAUUUGUAUGGAUGAAAUAAAGCAGAAAACAAAAGACAGUUUGUUGCGUGCAUUGUGUACUCAACGGCUCCAAGCACCAGGCUGCACUUCCUGAUAGGGUGCCGCUGCCUGGCGCCCUACGACUUCCGGUGCCAUUGACAGAAAAAAAAAAUUAACAUAAUCUGGGACAUUUGAAAUGCAGUAAAUCGAGUUCAAUUAUGUAAAAGCUUGUUUAAGAAAACAUAUGAUACGAUUAUGGUAUUAAAUCUCCGCCCCCACGUUACCGCCCGACCCCACGCGAGGUCACCGUGCCCCUGCGUUGUUUAACCACCACCCAGCGGCGUGCCAAACACUGCACCCGUCCCACGGGCCCCCAGCGGUAAACAAAACCCAUGCCUCAAUUCUCCAGACUCUCCGGGCCAGGCACCGAGGGCGGAUGUCGUCACGAGAGACAGGAACCGUGGGGUGGGCGUGCACCCACCGGAAGUGCAAGUCUCCACGUUAUCUAUUAAAGGAAAGGGAGGUUCGGUGAAGAUCUAUUGGGCAGAUUAGUCUCAAGGUAGAACGGUGUUUGUUACAUAACAAAAACAUUCCCAGGACUCACCUGGUCAUUGAAAAUACGGCACAAAGAUACAAGAGAAACAAAGGAUAAAAAGGUGGAUAAACAAGCAGAGAAAAUAACAAGAGUUAUGGGACUUAGAGUGAGUCCGAUUCUAUUGGCGUUAUUCAUCGCCCUUUCCCUCGGACUGCACGUUGCAUCGUCCGACAGGACUUCAACUGCUAGGGCGAAGGUGACAACAACACGUCGGCCGUCUUUUGGGGCUACAACAACAUCAACUUUAAGGGCGACUAAAGACACAACGACCGCAACCACAGCAAUGCCUCAUAACACUAAGGGAGAAAACCGCGACGCCCUAGUCUGCCCCGAAUACCCCACCUGCGCACAGAUGUGCGGGGCCCAGGUGCAGCUCAACGACACCUGCCACUGCGACGUGAUGUGCUGGGUGUACGGCGACUGCUGCCCCGACUACUACCACACCUGCCUCCACACCAGCAUCUACGCCAAAGACGACGACGUCUUCAAAGCCAUCUUAUCCACACUCAAAUCCUACUCCGAGCUCCUUAGCUUUUACGAAGGGGUACGCUUAUCCCAUUUAUCUACUUGCGAGUCACUGGACUUGCCUAAAAACCAAGUUCACAUUGUAACGAAAUGCGACAGGGACAAAGAAACAGCAUCCAGGUUUGAUAGUAUUUAUCUAAAAAUAAACAAAAGAAACCAGAGUUUAUUUUUGGGAAUUCCCAAAGAGGAAAUCAUCCAGCGCUGUGAAGAACUUGAAACCCUAGACCAGAAUAUUUGGAAAAACCCGUUGAAUGAUAUACGCGUCACGCUUAAAAUAGCGAGCGGGCAUUUCCAUUUCUACAAUGUUUUCUGCGCGAUUUGUAACGGGGUGGACCCAAGAGAAGUGACCCCAUGGAACUCGGUCAGUCCAUGUGACAGUAAAUUCAACAAUUCCGAUUUUGCCCGUAUAUUCGCCAGCAACAUCACGCAAGCUGUAACGACCUACACAUGCACGACAAAAUUAGAACUGCCGGACGAUACCAGGCGAUGUUUCGACGCGUCGUCGGCACGGCUGAGCCCGGGAACCAGAAGGAGAACCGUUGUAAAGGAAGACGACGGGCUGACCGGCUUCACCAAGCAGACAAAACACAGCCUGAACUGCAAGGACCCCGAGUCCGCCAACACGCUCCUCUGCAUGAGAUACCAGUACCCGUACGUCAACAAAACCACGGGACACACCUACAAAAACCCCCACUGCCUGGCGUGUCAGACGGAGACCGAUGGUCGAAACGUGAAUACAAGUUUUCAAGCGGCGUACUACUGUGAAAAUCAAAAGUGCGUGUGUUUAACUCUGUACCGUGGGGAGAAAUCAACGACGUUUGUUGGUGGUAUCCCGAGUUUUCGAGUUCUCUUCGACUUCUGGUCGAUUUCCGCUGCUGUGGAUAAUAAGACCGUUGCUAUGGAAACGAGAACAUGUCCCGACGAUCACGUGUACGUCCCCUUCCAUCAGACAUGUCAAAGGUUAGUCUGUCUAAACGGCUGGACACUUCAGAGUGGACGCUGUCAAAAAAAGUGUGACGGAACACACGACGAUUGCGACGCGGCGCUGAAAAUGAUCGGAGCCACUCCGCUGCUCAAUGCCAGCGACACCCUGCAGAUGAACAUCGAGUACAAGUACAUCCUUGACGGUGCCAGAAAAACGUCACAUCCGAAAACACCCGUCACACCAGAAGAAACUAGCUCUCUGUUGCCGUCUCGGAAACUGAAGGAGACGAUUCGUUUCUUGUGGGUUCAGCAUAUGAUACAAACAGGACACAAAAACAAGCAAUCAGAACAAAGAAAGUUGCUUGCUGGUAUAAAAGAAACCAUGGGAAGACUAUCACUCAACUCGACGCGAGUCAACAACAUCGAUGUGUGUCCUGGUAAAACAACAGCAACGUGUGUGUCGGUCGAGCUUACGUCUCUAGAUACAUCAGGAUUAGACACAGUGCUAGCAGAGUUAGAAGAUAGUUUAAUCGUAGAACUGACCCGGGCAGGACACGAUAAAAACUUCGAUAUCCACAACAUCACCAUCACCAACGAGCUGUUGUCGGGCAGGGGCAGUAACUCGUCCAAAGCGAAGGUAACGAAGGUAACCGAGCUGGCUUGCCCACAAGGGAGAAAACCUCAAACAAAGGUAGUCGGGUUAACUCUUAACGAAAAGGGAAACUACCAGGUUGGCUCAGAGUCUUCGAGCUAUCCACUGAGCCAGUUCUUGUUUACGUUAAACCUCCAGCCAAAUCACGUGAUCACGGAAGGUCAGGUGACCAAGGCUGUCGUGCGAUAUUGUGAAUGUGACUAUGUCUUUGUGAAUAAAUCAGAAUAUGUUCUCUACAUGAAGACUAUCAUUAUACCGGAGAAUACUCAACAUUUCAUGAACGUUACACAACUUGACAGGGACAGUGGCAAACCUACUAAAACAGUACAAGAUUUAAUUGCAAGUUAUAAAGAUAGGUACGCUAAUGAAUAUGUGUAUUUGUAUAAAACUGGAACGUACGCACUGGACGACGACGGCGCCUAUAUAUGUUCUGAUUUCAACACGACAUACGUACUGAACACAUCCGCGAAUGUUAUGAUGUAUGUUCCAAGCUCGGAUGUAGAGCGGGUCAGCACCAUUAUUGCUUUCAGCGUCUCCAUCAUCUGUCUCGUCGUCACCAUCGCCGUCUACGGGCUGGUGCCAGAACUGAGAAACGUGCCUGGUAAAAUCGUCAUGUCCAUGUCGUCUGCUCUCCUUGUGGCCCAGACGAUGUUCCUGUGUUGCACGUACCCCCAGGGCCUGGCCUGUGAGAUCUACGCUGCCUUACACCACGCUGUAUGGCUGGCGUCCUUUGCCUGGCUGGCUGCCAUGUCCCUACAUCUGGCCUGUGUUCUACACCUACAAUCACAUGGAUGGCUUGACCCAUCCCGGUCUACAAUAUUUUAUUUCUUCUCUAUCCUAUGUUGGGGAAUCCCUGCCUCCAUAGCCGGAACUUGUUUUAUACUUCACAUAACAAACACGUCUCCUGUUAAAUAUGGAUACAACGGAAUCUGCUGGAUUGGAGAUUUCACGACCAUGAUAGUUGGGUUCGGCGUCCCCUUGUUUCUUCUACUAUCAUUAACAUUCCUCAGCGCUGUAUUCGUUCUUCGAGCCAUCAGACAAAGUUCGGAAUUCAGGAACAAGAACUCCCAACACCAAAAAGGGGAGAAAAAUCAAAUAAUUCUUUGUAUAAACUUAUCUCUCAUGAUGGGAGUAAACUGGGUAUUUUAUUUCGUGGCCAUUGCUGUUGGGACGACGCUUGUGUGGACCAUCUUCAUCCUGACCAACGGCAGCCAAGGGCUCUUCAUCUUCCUGAGCUACAUCGCCAGGAAGUCUGUGAUGGUCAAGCUGAAGAAGCACGUCCAGGGGUUACUCCAGGGGACCGGUGGAUCACAGGCGUACAGGAAGAACCCAUCCAACAGGACACAGUCCAGCAACCUGACCAAGAGCACCGUCACGUCGUUGAGGAACAUCCCGCUGGCUGUCAACGCUCAAAUAGCUCAGCUGUAAUCAGCUAUAGCUCCACUAUAAUCAACUAUAGAUCAGCUGUAAUUAGCAAUAGCUCAACUGUAAUGAACUAAAGCGCAGCUGUCAUCAGCUAUUGCCAAGUUGUGUUGAUAUGAUUAUGUCCAACAUGAACUUAACCAGUGACCCAGAGAACAAGGACCACACGAGGUCGACGAGCCAGGAAAAUCAGACGUGCUAACCAAACACUAAUGACUUUAAGGAUCCGUGAUAACCGUUUGUACUUGAGGUUUGUUAUGAGGUUUCUCUUAGAAUAUAGCAAGAAAAAAAAACAGGAACAAAAAUAAACGUGUGUAACGGUUUAAGCAGCUGUGAUUUUAUGCUCAUCGUUAUUUGAAUUAUAGUAUAUAAUUUUAAUUGACUUAUUAUCGUUAUUAUCAUGAGUGUGACGAGAGAGAACCCAAUCGCUACUAAAACAUGCCUCAGUGUUUUGUCAGAAA